AUGAAGAACAAUGGUGAAAUUAAAACAACAACAACAACAACAACAAUUAAUACAGUAUUAAAUAGACAUACAUGUAAUGGAACAGGAUCAUAA